GUCCCACCCCGCUCCCUUCCCGGGCCGCAGGCCGGGGGCGGUGCGCGCUCCGCGGCAUGGCGGGCGCUGCGGCCCGGGGCCCGCUGCCGCUGCCCUGCCUGCUGCUCCUGCUGCUGCCGGCCGCCAGCGCCGAGCCCGAGCUGCGCUUCAGGCCGCCGGCCGAGGCCCCCGUGCGGCUCUUCACCGAGUCCGAGCUGGCCAGAUACGACGGGCACCAGGAAGGACAGCCCAUCUACCUGGCGGUGAAGGGAGUAGUGUUUGAUGUCAGCUCUGGAAAAGAGUUUUAUGGAAAAGGAGCCCCAUACAAUGCUUUGGUUGGAAAAGACUCGACAAGAGGAGUUGCAAAGAUGUCUCUGGAUCCAGCAGAUCUUACACAUGACACAACAGGACUCACAGAGGAGGAACUGAAGUCCCUGGAUGACAUCUUCAAUAAUGUAUAUAAAGCCAAAUAUCCAAUUGUUGGCUAUACUUCUCGGCGAAUUCUGAAUGAGGAUGGCAGCCCCAAUCUGGACUUUAAACCUGAAGAUCAGCCACAUUUCAGCAUUAAAGAUGAGUUUUGAGGAACAUUUUUGUACCCAAAGAAUGCCUGGGCAGAGUCACAGCAGAAUAUUAAAUUAAUUCCCUGUGUUGUGGAGUUCAUUACUACAAUUAGCUACCAUGAGUCAGUUCUCUGCUCAGAAAAUAAGUGUGUGUGUACACACAUGGCAUAAAGGAAACAAACAGGUCUGUAGUAGUGUACACCUGGGCUGUUUGCUGGGAAUUACAAGAAUUAUUUAACCUGCAAGUUCUUUCUGCCAGGAUUUCUCUGUUAAGAAGAGUAUAAUGUAAAAUUACAUUCCUUAGAAGAAAGAAGAAAGCUUUUCAUAACUGAAAUAUGACUGGUCUUUUUGUAAAUCCCAAGUUGUUUCUCACUCCUUGGAAAAGUGUAAAUUAAUUAUUUGGACAAACUAACAUCAAUUCUCUGUGCUUCAUGUGAAUGUAGGUAGCACGAGUACAGACAGGUGCAAUACAUUAUAUGCAGGCUUACAUUUUCAAAAGCAUUAUGGAGUUUAAUAUUUGAUGGGUUUGAGAAUACUGGAUAUAAAGCCACUCAGUCUCCUCAAAUGCAGUUACUGUGGAGUAUUUCUGCAGAGCCUACAGCUGUAAACCGAGAAAAACAAAUUUAUUUUUCCCCCAUGAGGACUACUGUGACAUUUUAAAUAAGACUAUUAUGUUAGGUUUGGAUAAAUGACACUUUACUUUUUAAAAAUAAUUAUCAAAGAUGUCAUCUAUAUUAGAUUAUGAUGGUUUUCUUCUGCCUUCCUCCAAUCUUUCUCUGGCAAAAAGAGAAAAUCAUAGCCCACUGUUUGCCACAUACUCUUACAGCACAAGUUUAUGAUAGCAGCUUAGUGUCCUGUGGACAUGGUUAGCAUUUUUAUAUUAACAAUUUCAGCUCUCAUUUUUUAUGUCUCUUAGAUUUCCUUUGUUCUUACCCUUGUUCAUUAAAACUUCCUGCUGUUUUAA